GGUAAGAACCGUGGGCCUCUGUGCAAGACUCGAGUUCAGCACUCCCAAUCCUUCGCCAUCCGAACCUAGAGGGCAUCCAGUCGCCACCUACAGGGGUCCGACAUACCCACGGCUAACUGGGAGGCCUUCCAGGCACUUCAGUUUUUGCCGUUUGGGUUUGCGGCGGCGCACUGUGGAAUGCCGUAGUGUCUUCCACCGGCCGUUCGCCAGUCUCUUGGGCUGGGGGGAACGAGGCCCUUUCGGGGACCCGUAGCGGACUGGUGGGUUAGAGGAAGCGGGACGACGAUGGCGGGUGAAAAAGUUGAGAAGCCGGAUACUAAAGAGAAGAAACCUGAAGCCAAGAAGGCUGAUGCCGGUAGCAAAGUGAAAAAGGGUAACCCCAAGGCUAAAAAGUCCAAGAAGGGGAAGCCCCAUUGCAGCCGCAAUCCUGUUCUUGUCAGAGGAAUUGGCAGGUAUUCCCGAUCUGCCAUGUAUUCCAGAAAGGCCAUGUACAAGAGGAAGUACUCAGCGGCUAAAUCCAAGGUUGAAAAGAAAAAGAAGGAGAAGGUUCUUGCAACUGUUACAAAACCAGUUGGUGGUGACAAAAACGGCGGUACCCGGGUGGUUAAACUUCGCAAAAUGCCUAGGUAUUAUCCUACUGAAGAUGUGCCUCGAAAGCUGUUGAGCCACGGCAAAAAACCCUUCAGUCAGCACGUGAGAAAACUGCGAGCCAGCAUCACCCCCGGGACCAUUCUGAUCAUCCUCACUGGACGCCACAGGGGCAAAAGGGUGGUUUUCCUGAAGCAGCUGGCUAGUGGCUUAUUACUUGUGACUGGACCUCUGGUCCUCAAUCGAGUUCCUCUACGAAGAACGCACCAGAAAUUUGUCAUUGCCACCUCAACCAAAAUUGAUAUCAGCAAUGUAAAAAUCCCAAAACAUCUUACUGAUGCUUACUUCAAGAAGAAGAAGCUGCGAAAGCCCAGACACCAGGAAGGUGAGAUCUUCGACACAGAAAAAGAGAAAUACGAGAUUACAGAACAGCGCAAGAUUGAUCAGAAAGCUGUGGACUCACAAAUUUUACCAAAAAUCAAAGCUAUUCCUCAGCUCCAGGGCUACCUGCGAUCUGUGUUUGCCCUGACAAAUGGAAUUUAUCCUCACAAAUUGGUAUUUUAAAUGUCCUGAUGAUCUAAUUAAAUAACUGAUUAC